AUGAUAGAAAGUGACAUCUCAUCCAUAAUGUCAGGAAUUAUUCGACACUCAGGGCCAAGUCAUCACCGCUCUCCGCAGGAAUACAGGCUCCUGGCCACCACGGGCGACGAGGACCUUCCCGGGGACCUGCAGUCACUGUCGUGGCUCACGGCCGUGGACGUGCCCCGGCUGCAGCAGAUGGCAAGUGGCCGCGUGGACCUGGGUGGCCGCAGUGCACCACACCCACACCCAGGUUCCCUGGCUGGGGUGGCUGACCUCCAUGUAGGAGCCACCCCAGGGCCCCUGCUCCAUGGCCCGGCAGGCAUGGCCCCCCCGGGCGUGCUGGGCCUGGGCCCCAUGGCCAGCCACAGAGCCAGCAUGACCCAGUUCCCUGUGGGGGGGCAGCCCCCCUCCAGCCUGCGAGACCCACCGCAGAUGUACUCUCCGGCUUCCCAGACACCGUUCCCGCUCCCCCGAGGCGCCCAGCAGUGCCCUCCUGUGGGCCUGUAUGGCUCCCCGUUUGGGGCACGACUUCCCUACCCCCAGCCCCGCAUGGCUGUGCAUUCAUCUCAAGAGCUGCACCCCAAACACUACCCCAAGCCCAUCUACUCCUACAGCUGUCUGAUCGCCAUGGCCCUAAAGAACAGCAAGACGGCAGGGGCUCCUGCUGCCCAUGUCCCCCCACAGACGGCGCCCGACGGCUGGAAGAACUCGGUGCGACACAACCUGUCCCUGAACAAGUGCUUCGAGAAGGUGGAGAACAAGACGAGCGGGUCCUCGCGCAAGGGCUGCCUGUGGGCCCUCAACCUGGCCCGCAUCGACAGGAUGGAGGAGGAGAUGCACAAGUGGAAGAGGAAGGACCUGGCUGCCAUCCACCGGAGCAUGGCCCACCCGGAGGAGCUGGACAAGCUGAUCUCGGACCGGCCAGAGAGCUGCCGCCGCCCUGGCAAACCGGGGGAGCCCGAGGCACCCGUGCUGAGCCACGCCACCACGGUGGCCAUGGCCCACGGCUGCCUGGCCGUCUCCCAGCUCCCGCCCCAGCCGCUGAUGACCCUGUCCCUGCAGUCGGUCCCCCUGCACCACCAGGUCCAGCCCCAGGCACACCUGGCCCCCGACUCGCCCGCCCCGGCCCAGACCCCACCCCUGCACGCCCUGCCGGACCUCAGCCCCAGCCCCCUGCCCCACCCGGCCGUGGGCAGGGCUCCCGUGGACUUCAUCAACAUCAGCACCGACAUGAACCCCGAGGUGGAUGCUCUGGACCCCAGCAUCAUGGACUUUGCUCUGCAGGGGAACCUCUGGGAGGAGAUGAAGGACGAGGGCUUCAGCCUGGACACGCUGGGGGCCUUCGGAGACUCCCCCCUCGGCUGCGAGCCGGGGGCCUCGGGCCUGACCCCCGUCUCUGGCAGCAGCGAUCAGUCCUUCCCGGACUUGCAGGUGACGGGUCUGUACACGGCAUACUCGGCUCCGGACAGUGUGGCCGCAUCGGCCGCCGCCGCCUCCUCUCAGUACCUGGGCGCCCCUGGCAACAAGCCCAUAGCCCUGCUGUGA